CGCAAACUUACAUGGAUUGAUAUCUAUUUGAUCCAUGUGCAGAUUGGGGCCCCCUAGUUGAUGUUGUUGGUUAUUGUUUCCUAAAUCUUGGGUCAAAGUAUCAACCUACUCAAGAGUUCGUACGUUGGAUCCAAAAAGGACUCAAACCCAUAUAUUUUGGCUUUGGAAGCAUGCCUCUUGAAGAUCCCAAGAAAACCACGUAUAUCAUUUUGGAGGCAUUGAAGAAUACAGGACAAAGGGGAAUAAUUGACCGAGGUUGGGGAGAUCUUGGCACUUUUCCAGAAAUUCCUGACAAUGUAUUCCUUCUAGAGAAUUGCCCUCAUGAUUGGUUGUUUCCUCAGUGUUCCGCUGUGGUUCAUCAUGGUGGUGCUGGAACCACAGCUACAGGACUAAGGGCUGGGUGUCCAACAACCAUAGUGCCAUUUUUUGGAGAUCAAUUUUUUUGGGGUGAAAGAAUUUAUGAAAAGGAACUGGGACCAGCUCCAAUUCCUAUGUCUCACUUCAGUGUUGAAGCCCUUUCAGAUGCUAUAAAAUUCAUGCUCCAACCAGAGGUAAGUAAAGCAUGUGUGGGGGUGUAUACCUACUUACAAAAGAGUCAUCUCAAAUGCAAUUCUUGUUUGAUGGAUUAGGCCAAUCAUUGUUGUCCACUUCACAUAUGAAGUUAUGUGUAGUCUCAACAAAAUUCGC